AUGCCACCACAUUGCACAAAUAACGCAUCUUCCAUUGCUUGUGAAUUUCAAGCUCCAUCUCCUCGUCUUGACACGCUUACUGGAGAAAAAUAUUAUACAAGUGAAGAUCCAUUUAAGUUAACACCUAAGCAAUAUGAAGAAUGGAUUUAUUCGAAAAAUACCGAACAUGUCAAUGAACGGUCACCAUCUCCAUCACCCCUCCAGCAACUACCACAACACCAAAUACCUCCGCAAUAUGCCACCAUUCUUCCCUCAACGGUGACUGAUGGCAUUGCAUUAUUAGAGGGGCUCGUGGAGAAUUCCACGUUUUCCAUGGCGGACGUGGAAAGAAUUAACGCCCUUGCCAGUCGUGUUAAUGCUGCUGCUGCUGGUCUUGCUUCUGCUGGUGGUGGUGGUUCUGCUCGUCUUGGUCCUGCUUCUGCUUCUGCUGCUGGUGGUGGUUCAGUUGAUCUUGGUCCUGCUUCUGCUUCUGCUGCUGGUGGUGGUUCAGCUGAUCUUGGUCCUGCUAGUGCUUCUCCGCCACCAUCAUCAUGA